AUGAUGCUUCGUUGCAGCUCCAGCUUGAGACUAAGCUUUAUCAGAUGUGUUAGGAAUCAGUUUUCUGCUGCAGAUCCUCAACUCAAAUGUUCUAAUGACAUUGCGUUGUUUGCAACCCAUCGUGAUCGUCGUAAGUUUAUGCAUUUUAUGAUGCCACUUUGUGAGGAUUUUGAAUCUACUCGGGCCUCUCUUUUGCAUCGCACACCUCUUCCCACUCUUGAGACUGCAGUUGCUGAACUUAUUUUCGAAGAAAAUCAUCAUUCAACCAUGAAGAUGCAAACUCCAGAUUCAGUUGUUGCUGCCAUCCCUCAGACUAUCUUUGGAUCUUCUCCAGCCUCGGGUCAUUUCCCUUCUCAGUCCUCAAAGAUUGUCUUCUACAAAUACUGCAAACAUCCAAGUCACUCUGUUACAGAAUGUCAAAAAUUGCAAAACAAAAAUCAGUCUCGGGCCCCCUUGUUGCAAGUUGCUGUCGUGGCUCCAAUUGCCCCUUUUGCUGCUGAGCCUUCUUCAGUGUCCAUUACUCUCACUACUAUUGACAUUGAGACAUUAAUUCAUCAGGAUCCACAGACGGGUCAACUCAUUGGGAUAGGUCGUAAGAUUGGACGUCUGUUCGAGCUCACUUCUUUGCAGCUUCCAUCCCAUCUGUCUCGCUCCAUUGUUGCUCCUGCCAUCUUUUCCCAAUUAUGGCAUUCUCAGCUAGGUCAUGCCUCUAUACCUCGUGUUUGUCUUUUGGCCUCCCAAGGUCACCUAGGUUCUAUAGGUUUUGAGUCAUUUGAUUAUGCUUCCUAUUAA